GCGAAGUUGUACCAGAUCCAACGAGAAAUUAAUGACUUUUCGCAGGGAUCUCUUGACAUUACAGGUUACUACACCAAGCUGAAAAAGCUAUGGGAGGAGAUAAGUACCUUAAAUGCCAAAGCUCAGUGCACUUGCAGCUGCAUUUGUGGAGCAAAGGCACUUACUCACAAAGCAGAACAAGAUAGGAGAUUAAUCCAAUUUCUCAUGGGAUUGAAUGAGAUGUACACAGUUAUUCGUGGAAGUAUACUUAUGAUGAAUCCACUGCCAACUAUGGCUCAGGCUUUUUCUCUACUAGUUCAAGAUGAACACCAAAGGGAAAUCAAACCUUCUGGCCCUUUUAAUACAGAAUCUACUGCUUUGUAUGCUGGAAACAUCAGGCCUUCUUCAUCAGCUGGGAACAUCAGACCUUCUUCAUCAACUGGAAAUAUCAGGCCUCCAUCAUCCUACAAAACAAAUUAUGCUCCUAAUAACUCAUAUGGUCAUUCUCAGCUUCAAUACAAGGACAGAUUUUGCACUCACUGCAACAGGACUGGUCAUCUUGCUGAGAGGUGUUAUCAACUUCAUGGAUAUCCAGCUGUUUCAAAUACAAAUCAGAGAAACAAUUCGAUUCCAAGGCCUAACAAUUUUCGCAAGGGAAACCAAAGGAACAAUAGGGAAUCUGGGAAUAAUGUUGUAGCAAAUGCAAGUUGCACACCAGACUUUGCCCCUGGGAAGAGAACAGAUGAAGAAAUGUAUAAUGUGAGCCUUACAAAAGAUCAAUAUGGUCAUGUUCAAGGCAUACUUCAGCAGUUCCACAAGAAAAAUGAGAAUGAAGGAUCUAAUCCAAACCUUGCUAGUGGACCAUCAACUGAUUUUGCAGGCCCCUUCAAUGAAGAGGCCUCUGGUGAUUGGUAG